GUUUGUUCGAGGCUCCUCCCUGUUAAAAGAACAAGCUCCAAAAAUACACAAACACAAAAAGCUCUUCUGAACCCCUCUGACAUCUCAGCUACAAAACCUCCGAGUGAUACAGUGACACUGAGGAUGGAAACAAAAGUGUUCAUCUGUGCUCUGUGUGUCUGUUUGUUGACAAUUCUAGGGAACGAGACAUCAUCCAAAGACACACCCAGGAUAAACGCAUUCACAUUUCUGAAUUACAUACCCUUACAGGAAGGUCCUGUUAAUGGAAGUGAUUCCGAGCAGAUGACAAACCAUACAUUAAAUGCAAAUACAACACAAGAAAGUAUUUUGGAAACAACCGUUGCACUGAACCUUGUAGAGAAUGAUGGUAAACAAAAUGUCACAUAAGUCUCAGACACAACUCAAGGGUUACAAAACCCUGAAGACAAGGUAUGAUUAAAGACAAAUAAAGACAAGAGAACUGGAAAACAGUCAACCCUGAUGAAAUGACAUGCUUUAAUAUCUGUUGAACAAAUUACCUUUGUAUUGUACAAUAUACAACGUCACAUGUAAAAGAUGUGCCUGAUUAAAUGUACAAAGAAAACUCAUGACCAUAAUGACUGUGCUAUGCUAGUCAGUGAAUGGUAAAACAUUGAGAGUAAGCUAUUAUUAUUAUAGUACAGUAUAUCAAAAGUAGAUAAUUGCAUUAGUAAAGUUAAAGGGUUAAAUAACAAUUUUAUUAGGCUAUGUAUGCUUAUCAAAAGUGUAAUUUUCAUUAUUUGAUGAUCAUGUCAAACUAAUUUAAUUAAACUAUUCACUGGGGAAGUUGUUCCUGGGUCACAAUUUAUAACUACUUUGAAAUCACAUCUCGAACUGUGAUAAUCCGCUGAUUAUAUGUUCUAAAUAACAUAAUAAAUAAUAAAAACAUGAAGUAGCCAACAAGCCUCCAAAACUACUAAUGUUAAAUGCCAAGAGAAUCUGAUUUAUAAUCUCUUGGGAAGAGGUUUAAACCCUAAGACUAGAUGUUGUGAAUGGACCAACCAAACCAAAAAACCUAGUCUGUUGAUAAUUUAGGCCUAUUUCUUCUCAUGUUCAUGUGUUUGUAUUUCCUGUCAAAUUACUUCAUAUAUUGUCCAAAAGUAUAUUCCAUAUGUUAGUCAAAAAGGGAUUUGCACCUGUAUGGUCUGUAUGGUCGUGGUUAAGAUGGGAUAACCAGACCAAUCCAGCAGAUAUAUUUCAGGGAUUAUUUUAACAUGCCCCUAAUCUAAUUUGACCUGAGACAGAGGAGACUAACAGUUGCCUGACUAAUCCUUGUUUACAUUUUUAUAUAUUUAUUGUAUAUGUUUAGAUUGAAACUUUAUAUGCUAUGUAUUGGAGUUCAUUCUGUGUAAGCUUCACCCUGGACAUGUUGGUUGACCGUUACAAGAACCGCUGCAAACACUGGACCACAACUUGCCCCUCAGGGCCUGGCCUGUCAUUCAGGCACACACAGACACACACACACAAAGAGAAAGGAGAGAGAAAGAAAGAGAGAGUGAUGGAAGAACAAGAAGAAGGGGGUCCUGGAGGAGCUAGUGACGUAUGCCCAGGCCCCAGCAUCUCCGCACCUCUCAGCAGCUUGUAAUGAGCUUAACCACACGGCUUCAGUGCAAAGGGGUCAAUCGCUCGGAUUAUCACACUCGACUUUCACAUCAUAAUGCUCCACACCUCUCUGUUUUUUUUUCUUUUGUUCUUUCUUUGGAAACCUUUGAACCUUUGUAACCUUGACCUUUUGUAAUCUUUAUUUUCCUUUCUAAGAUUUUUAUUUUUGUAGUUGAAAAUUGAUACAUUAAGCUUUCAAAGCUUUUCAGAGAGGACCGGCAGAACAAAUAUGGACCAUAGUUUACACCAGCUAAGACAAAGGGUGUAUAAGGGUUGCUGAGUUUGGGGUGGAUUGUAGCUUUUGGAACAGGGAUUCACCCUUGUUACCUUUGUGAACAUAACCCAAUGCCACUGUGCAACAACAAGGUCGCUGACGAUGGAACUUCAGCACAGCCACUGCAAGAGGGAAAAGCACUGGUGGACUCCCUCAUCAAGGUGGUGGCAUGUUAUCGGCACUUGGCCUCCUGUGUUGGUGGAUGCACGGACAACUCCAGCCUACGACGUGAUCUUCAGCAAACACGAGAGCGAGCCCAGACACUAGCGCUGUCCUGCAGAAACCACCUGACAGCUCGACUGAGGGAUAAAACAUUAGCGGAGGCUGAGAGGAAGGAAACAGAGCUGCUGUGGGUGGCAUUCUCCUCUUGUCUGGAGCUCUUACAUGCAGACAUGUGCAAGGUUUUCACCAUGGUCAAGCACUUUUCCCUUGCCAAUAACAGUGCCAUGGUGCAGACAGGCAUACAGGGGGGGACAACAGAGGUGGCAGCACGGGCUUUGAGCCUGCCUGACCUGCAGGGGGCAGGUGACGGGUCCCAGACAUCCAGCAUGGAGGGUCAGGAGCAGAGUCAGCUGGAGCAGGAGAUCGCACAGGUGGACCGUACGCUGGAGGACAUGGAGCUGAAGGUCAAUGUGCUGCGCUGGUCAGUGGAGGCACUGGGUCCUCAGUAUGCUGACCCCGUCAGUACUGACAGCGCUUCGCUAGCGCUGCUGUCCAUCGAUGAAGAGGCAGCUCAAGGCUUUUGCAGGCGCAGCCAGAUGUUUGCAGUAAUGAUGCUGUGUGGUGUGGCGAUCUUUGCCAUGGUGCUAUCAGUGUGUGUGGUGUUCCUGGUCUGAAGUCUUAUCAUCACUUGUGUUGUGUAGGCUUUUUCUUUUCCAGAGGUCUCUUCAGUUGUGUUCAGCCAAACAUCAACAGUCUGUGUACUUAUUAACUAUGUAACAGUUCCUUACCAUUGAUCUUAACAGAGCCUGUGAGUCCUUUUUACACAGCAGAAAACUGCCAUUAACUUUGGGUGUGUGAUCUUUUAUAGCAAAAGAGAGCCUGAUGAAUAAAUCUUCGCUCUAAUGCAGAACUGAAAUGUGAAAUUUCGGCAAGUAGUAAAAUCUGAUUUACUUUCUGAUUUAUUGAUGUACUUUUAGGAUGCUGUAUAUAAACAUAAGUGGGCUGUUCAUAUCA